AAUUGGAGCUUUAUUAUUAACGGAUAUUUUAUUUAAAUUGAGGGCUGAGUAUGAGUGAAGAAUAAAAUUUUAAACCUUUUCAUCAUAUGAUUAAACUUAUUUAUGUACGACUUGAGACUUAUUAACCGUAACAAUAAGUGAACUCAGUGAAUGGAGAGUAAUAAUAAUAAAAAUAAAGGUAAAUUUUGAAAAUGUUGAAAGUAAAAUGAAUAAAAAAACCUCGGGAAGAUCGAAAAAGGCCAGUGAUUUAACAGUGAUUAUUUAGUGGAUUAAUUGUAGUAAUAUAUGUUUAUUUGUUGUAUUUUAUUAAUCUGAAUGUAAUAGUUUGUUGUUACUGAAUAAUACAAUAUAAUAUAAUGAAAUAACUGUUUUUCGUAAUUAAUUUUAUGUGAAUGUUAUUUUAAUUUUGGCGCUGAUAAUCGCGAUAAAAGGGUUAGUCAGCUUUAUUUAUUUUGUUGGAUUAUUGUUGUUGCGGAGAGCAAGCAGUAAUUACAUAUUUUGGCGAGUUGUGUUUGUCAAGUGUCAAAACGUGGAAUGGAUUUUCAAAGCGCUAUGGAGACUUUUGCUGAGGCUUGGGUGGCUGCCAAUACUAAAGUUGAUCCAGUACAGAGUCAAGCACUGGCGCUGACGCACAAGGCAACGCCGCCAUCGCGUUCAUCAAGUGUGUCCCCGAUCCCAAGGAGCCCGCAAUCUCACCAAACAGCACACGCAACGAACCGUAGCCCGACACCCAGGCCUGCUUCAGUCCAGCAUCCACAGCUGGUACACCAGCCGUCUCAGCAGCAGAGUAACUUAAUCGCGAGUGCCGGACAGCCGAGGACCGAGCAUCAGCAUCAGCAUCAGCACCAGCACCAGCAUCAACAUCAGCACCAGCACCAGCAGGCGCAACAGCAAUCACAGCAGCAGAGCUUCGGAGCUCAUCAUAAUCGACAUACCAAACAAGAAAUCGAUUCUACCAGCCCAAAACCCGAGGGCUUUGAUCUCAGUAAAAAUUCAUCUGUUACCGGUAAAAGUCCGGUACCCGUGCACUGUAUAGUCGAAGCAAUUCACAGUAUUGUUGACAACCGCGUAAAUUUACGAGAAAAGUGGCCGAGUCCUCACGUAGAGAUCGACACUUACGUCAUUAUUCCAGCAUCUGUGCCAUUUCAGGAUCUAGUAGGUGAGGCUCUAGUCCGUCUGGGCUACCCUGCUGAGAUGAUACCAAGCGCCCGAGGGAGUAUAAUCGUAAAAAACUGGCGACCAUUACCGAUGGAGAAGGUUGCUGACGAGCCGACACGGUCUGUCGCGGAAAUUCUGGCUGAGUUGACAACCGUCGCGACUUUGAGGAUCCAGAUUUUGAGGUCCCAGCCUCCACCUGCGAGUCCGGCCGCGGAAGUCAAAGAGAAACUUUUGGGGCUGCUGAUACUCCACAGCCAUGCAUUACUCGCCUCCGCGGGCUGUCCUCUCGACGAGAGGACACUAGCGUCGCUAGUCCGCGGUAGCAGCGAGAUAUCAGAGGAAACUCGUCGAGUUUUUCUAUCAUGGUUCCAGCAGCAACAUUCACUAGCUCUAGGACCUCCACCAGCCAACUCUUUACUUUCCAGCUGCAAUAACAACCGACAAUUGCACAAUCAGAGCCCACUGGACACCGGGGGAGGCGUGGGCCCGCCCCACUCGCACGGACACCAUCCCGCAAUGCUCUCCUAUUCACACAAAACGCGAAUGCGGACGAGUUUCGACCCCGAACUGGAGCUCCCGAGACUGCAACGGUGGUUUGCGGAAAACCAGCAUCCCUCCCGACAGCAAAUACAGCGAUACGUCACGGAGUUGAACUCACUGGAGUCGCGUCGCGGGCGAAAACCUCUCGACGUCAACAACGUUGUAUACUGGUUCAAGAAUGCGAGAGCUGCUCAAAAAAGGGCUGAGAACAGAGGAAUCAAUGGAUACAGUCCACCGGGACUGAGUCCACGUGGUGCUAGCAUUGUUAGUGAAGACUGCUCUGAUGAAGAAGAUGAUUCUAGACAUCAGUUUUAUUCACAGUCAAACUCAGAAUCGCCAUGCCUGGCAGGUAGUCCACCAGUAGUAGGCCCCCUGUCUCUGACAACUCGAUCAGAAGACCGGCUAGUGAUACCAACGUCAACACCGACCCCCGUAGCAACAGCGACAUCCACUCCAAUCGUGAAGCGCGAGGAAGAUUCUGCGAUGCGAGUCUCAUCAGGUUCUGACGACGAAGAUUCGCCUCCCGGAGUUCCGACGACUCCGAUCCCCCCGGGGUUCUCUUUGGUGCCUAGCCCGAUGUUCAGCCACAGUAUCAUGUACAUGUCUCACUACCUUCCAACCCGCGGUGGACCCGCUAGCUGUCCCACGAGUCUUCUCGACGAACGAAGGAAGAGAAACAGAACAUUCAUCGAUCCCGUCACUGAAGUUCCUCGCCUUGAGAAUUGGUUUGGUCACAACACUCAUCCCAGUCACGCGCUGAUAUUAAAAUAUACAGAGGAAUUAAAUAGAAUGCCAUAUCGUCAAAAAUUUCCACGACUCGAGCCAAAGAACGUGCAAUUCUGGUUCAAGAACCGCCGGGCCAAGUGCAAGCGCCUUAAGAUGGCAUUAUUUGAAGGCGAAUCACCUCAGCCGCAUCCUUAUGCCCACGCAGAUUAAUUUUUGUUUUUAUUUAUAAUAAAUUUAUUUUAAUCAACUAUUACUCAAAUCAUUAAUCAUACAUUUUGAAUUAUGAAACUAUUAAUUAUUGAAGGUACUACUGUCGGUAUGCUAGAUCCACGUGUAAUAAUUAUAUACAUUCUCGUUCAACAAUUACGAAAUUAUACUACUGAGUAAAAUCAUUUCAAAGAAAAAAAGACGUAAAUUUUUUAUGUAUAUUUAUGUUUAUUUUAACUGAUGGUCUUUUACUUCACAUAAAUAUGAUCGAUAAUUAUUGAAAAAUAUAAUUUAAAAAAAGAUUAUGAUUUUAUGUAAUCCAA